AUGGCGGCAGAGCUAACUCCAGAAGCCAAAGAGCUUUCGCUGGUGGGAAAGGUUGAGAUGCGCAUAGCACUUGCCAGCUCAGACAAGAAACUUGAAGACUUGCUCAAGACCUAUCUUCCACCGCUGCUAUUGAAGCUCGGGUCGGAAAGUGCUGCUGUGCGCAAUAAGGUCAUUUCCAUUUGCCAACACAUCAAUACGCGCAUCAAAUCACAAGAUAUCAAGCUCCCAGUGAGUGCUCUUCUAAAGCAGUACAAAGAACAUGGGCAUGUCGCCCUCAUUCGGCAUUUCGACAUCCUGUACAUUCAACAGGGCAUAUCGCGUCUUUCCGUAGCUGAACGGCUGGAACUUCUCCCGGUAUUACUUCAAGGUAUCGCCAAGGAUUACGAGAAAUCUGAACAACAUACCUCUCAACUGUUUCAUCUUAUUCUGCGCCUUUUGGUCCUCUUCAAAUUACCUCUCCGAGGUAGUAAAGAAGACGACGAGCUGAGAGCCAAAUUGGGUCUCUCCGAUGAUGACGCGCAAUUUUUAUCCAAGUGGUUUGGAAAACUACUUUUGUUGACUAUUGUUCGAACAAGCAACCCGCAAGAUACCGCAUCUUUAAAGUGUCCUGGGCUUUCGUCUGAAGAAUACAAGUUCCUUACACUUCAAGGAAAGCCAGAUGCUUGGGAUCCUAGUGCAGAUGCCGGUCUGAAUCUGCCUGAAUCAAAAGCCUUAGUUGCGCGACUCAUGGCAAGUGGGUUGUUCAAUGAUGACGAAAAGUUCUUGCCGGCACUAUUUGCAUCUGCUGAUACCAACUCCCGGAUAUCUGAGGUUGGCGAGGAUACUUUGAAGCGCGUCAUGUUAUCCAAAGAUAUGGAACAACCGGAACUUGUAGAGAGUUUAUUCGAACUCUACUUCGGCUCUAGUUCAGCUGGCGGGUCGCUUCCCGUAAAGACACCGUUGCGCAUCAAGAUCUUAACUGUGCUCUCCAAGUCUGUGAAAUGCACAACGUACCCACGACAAAUAGCAAGGAUUGUUGAAGAAGGCCUCCUCUCGCCCGAGUUGAAUGCGACCAACAAAACCGCUGGAAGAGAAGCUUCGAAGUUCCGCUCAGCUAUAUUUUCUCUUGUCAACUUUGUCGCCCGACAUGGAGCAGUAUCGGAUUUAUCUCAAGUUGCUGAGAGUCUUGUUGGAAAUCUGAGGGCUUUCAUUCAAGACCAAGGCUGGCCAACCCCAGACCGCGACCAAGAUAUGGAGCUUCGGGGCUACGGCUAUGAAACUAUUGGACUCUUGGCCAAAGCUGCCCCAGAAAAAAUACUAUUGGAGCCAUCGCUUGAUCUUCUGGAGUUUCUGUUUCGAUCAUUACGUGAAGAUUCAGCUGGCAAAGAUGUGGCGGUUAGUAUAGAAGAGGCCCUUUCUUCUGUGCUUGGAGCGUUCUCAAAACCGUUCGAUGCUUCAAUUAUGCCCAGGUUCAGACAGAUACUGCUCCGAUAUGCUACUAUAGAUCAGGAAAAUACACCAGCCUCGGACAGAUUCACGAGAAGUACUCGUUAUGUCGCCACACGUUUCGCGAAUCGCUGCCUUCCCUACGCAGACGUCCUUGCGCGAUGGAUAGAUAUCCUUGCUGUUAGCGGGGGUCCAAACGAUCGACACGAAUUGAUAGAGGAAGGAAGGCGAGGCCUUGACCCCUAUUGGUUCAGAAUGUCCAACACUCCACCAGGUGAGCGCGAGCAGACCAAAUUGGUUUUUCCAGACUUUGACAAACUGGUCAACUUUGUCAUUGCGCAACAAGGGCAAGAUGCCGACGCGAUGGAAAUCGACCCGUCAGAAGACCCUCUUGUCCAAGUUAGAUACUUCCAACAAGAAUUCCCAAGUACCCUCCCGACCGUCAUCAGCUUUUGCUCUAGCGUCGCUAUGCAAUCUGCUUUGGUUGAGAAAGGUAUAGAUCAGGAUAUCCCAGAAGAUUGGGAGAGAAAGCUUGAUACGCAGAUGACUACAGAUAUGCGCGCUCGGCAAGCAUUUCGGGCAUACGCAGCAAACGACGCCCACGCCCGCUCUCUGGCAGUGUUAUUGCGCGCUAGCUUCGAUAGGCUCACACGAGACGAUGUCAGCGACAUUGGAGAUAUAGGCACCACGUUUGUGCGAAUACUUUCCUUGCUCCCACAGAAACAUUGGGUGCAAGCAAAGGUUGUUCAGGACUUCCGUGAACUGCGACGAUCUAUCAUGUCAAAUAAUCCAGCACGGCGUCUUGCUGCUGCGCACGCAUACGGCCUGUUAGCGUCACAUGAGAGUGCUGAUCAAACUGCACUACAAAGUGAGCAAGUCGCCUUCUUUGAAAAGUUGGACACUUGGAAGACAGCGAUUGGUGCUGAUAUCAAUCAAAUCAGUGGCAUUAUCCUGGCACUCGGUUACUACUACAGUAGAAGAUUUUGGAGGGAGAACGCCGCAUCCCCAGUCAUCACGGAUGAUCAUCCUGUCCAUCAGCUGGUUCGCUCCCUGGUUGCCAUCAUGCAGGAGUCUCGAGAUGCGACACUGAAGAAUGCAGCCUUUAGUUGCAUCGAUCAGCUUAGUCUCUUCUACGUGAUCACCCCAUCACUGCUUUCUAAACACGCCAAAGUUGAAGAUAUCGCCCAGCAUAUUUAUGACUCUGCUAAGACAGGCACCACCAGUGCGAUACUGGCAUUGGGUCAUUUGUCUAUGAUCACUGAGGAAGCAGAGCCCGGCUCGGAUGAUGCAUCCGAUUACAAGGCCAUACAAGACAAAUUGUACGAGCUUCAUGAGGUGCGUCAACCAGAGGUUCACUUCUCGGUAGGCGAGGCGUUGAGCUGUCUCGCAAGCGGCUGGGAAUCGAAAGCUUUGACUGCCGAGCUAGAUGUCUUGGAUCCGAACCAGCCCGUAGAGCCAUGGGAUGCACCCCUCAAAACGCCAUCUGGACCCAAACGGGAAAAGACACUUGGAGUGGUACUGGAAAAGACCUUGAAGGGCUGUGUGCAGACGAAACCAUCCCUCAAGAAAGCGUCGGUGAUAUGGUUACUGUGUCUACUCCAGUACUGCGGACACAAGCCUGAGAUGCAGGGUUAUCUUGGGCAAUGCCAGGUCGCAUUCAAAAACUGUCUUUCUGACCGCGAUGAGAUUGUACAAGAGGCGGCCUCGCGAGGACUUGGAUUGGUCUAUGAAAAGGGAGACCGGCAGCUGAAGGAUGACCUUGUCCGUGACUUGGUCGGUUCAUUUUCAGACAACAAGUCGAAGAUGGCGGGUACCGUCACAGAUGACACGCAGCUCUUCGAGCCCGGCGCAUUACCCACUGGCGACGGCUCUAUUACAACCUACAAGGAUAUCUUGAACUUGGCAGCCGAAGUGGGUGACUCGAGCUUGGUUUACCGCUUCAUGUCUAUGGCUUCAAACAAUUCCAUCUGGUCUAGUCGAGCUGCGUUUGGACGAUUUGGACUAAGCAACAUUUUCUCGGACUCAAGCGUCGAUGGCUACCUUGCAUCAAAUCCGAAACUAUACCCGAAGCUCUAUCGAUAUAGGUUCGAUCCCAACACUAAUGUGCAACGUUCGAUGAACGACAUCUGGAAUGCCCUUGUCAAGGACUCUUCGGCAACGAUAGACAAGCAUUUUGAUGCAAUCAUGGACGAUCUUCUUGUCAGCAUCCUCACAAAAGAGUGGCGAGUUCGCCAGGCUUCUUGUGCAGCCAUUGCAGAUCUGGUACAAGGACGCAGUAUUGACAAGUACGAGAAGUACCUUGACGCCAUCUGGGAAAAGACAUUCAAGGUCCUGGACGAUAUCAAAGAAACGGUCCGUGUGGCUGCAGCGUCCCUUGCUCGUGUCCUUACUGGUAUUUUAACCCGCUCUUUGGAAGCCGGAGAUUCAUCAUUGAAGUCUGCGACCGUUCAGCUUGAGCGUGUCAUACCUUUCCUCUUUUCAAACUCCGGUCUGGAGUCGUCGGCUGAGGAAGUUCGUCUCUUCUCCGUACACACUCUCCUUCAAAUUGUGAAGAAGAGCAACGCAAAGACACUCAAUCCACAUGUACCUGAACUAGUCGAGCGCCUACUCGGCUUGCUCAGCAGUCUGGAACCAGAAGCAGUCAACUACGUUCAUCUCAACGCCAGCAAAUACAACCUUACAGAGCAAAAAAUUGACGACAUGCGCCUCGCCAGCGUACGCCAGUCGCCAUUGACAGAAUCUGUAGAGCGCUGUCUCGACCUUGCAGAUGCAGACACUAUGGCUGCACUAGUCCCACGUAUCGAAGCCGCCAUGAAGAACGCAGUCGGUCUUCCAUCAAAAGUAGGAUGCUCACGAGUACUCGUCACACUCGCCACUCGCCAUCGCUUCCUUUUCAACCCCUACGCCGACGGAUUCCUCAAGCUAAUCCAGAAGCAAAUCCACGACCGCAACGAAACAGUCAGCUCGUCGUACGCAGCAGCAGCAGGUUAUCUCGCACGCCUAGCAUCCGACAAGCAAAUUCUCUCCACCUUCGCCUUCGUCAACAAACUCUACUUCGAGUCUGAGGAAAACAGCGACAGAAACCGUUUACUAGCCGCAGACAUAAUGCGCGCCAUAAGCACCCACGCAACCGAUCGCUUCAACUCUUUCGCCGCAGACUUCCUGCCUUUCAUCUUCCUCGCUAAACACGACUCGGAAGAGCAAAUUCGUAAGAGCUUCGGCGAAACAUGGGACGACCAUGUCGCUGGACCCCGCGCUGUAGCUUUGUACCUAAAGGAAAUCCUCGCACUUUCAGACACGCAUCUCGAGAGUCGACAGUGGGCUAUCAAGCACACGGCUGCCAAGACGGUCGCGGAUUGCGUGCUGCAAAUUACGAAUGCGGUUGGUAGCGAAAAGAUUGAUGCUGCGACUGCGAAGACGAUCUGGCCUGUGUUGGAUAAGGCACUCAGUGGGAAGAGUUGGGAUGGCAAGGAAGUUGUGCUUGAGGCUUUUGUGCGAUUUGUAGAGCGUUCCGAAGCGUACUGGAUGGAUGCAGGGAACAAGGAUGUUGCGAAGCAGCUCGAAAAGGUAGCUACGCGGGAGAGUAAGAGACAGGAGGGCAAGAAUGAGAAGGUCGUUGCUGGGGUUUUGGAGAAGCUAAGAGGACAUUUGGGGGUUUAG